AUGGCGCGGCAAGCAAGCUGGAGGGCGUUCGCCUUGCUGGCGGCGCUGCUGCUCGCGUGCGUCGCGGGGUGCCAUGCGGAGCUCAAGGUCACGGAGCUCGAACACAAGGUCGACGCCACCGGAACCGGGACGUUCCUCGUCGUAGGGGACUGGUAUCGUCUCGAGAACGCCGGGGACGGCGCUGAGUCGUCGUUCGUGGCCUGCCGAGAGGGCCGGGGGCGCGUCACCGCCGUCAUCGGCGUCCUGAACCGCGACGCGGAGGACCUCGUGAAGCAGGGGCUCACCGGGUACGAGAACACGGCCGGCUGGCUCCCCACGAAGCCGUGGGAGCCGCCGGCCGAGCGGGCGCGGGCCGGCCUGGUGUGUCGCACCGUCGAGCUGCCGCGCCCCGUGAAGCCCGGAGGCAAGGCCAGCGUGCGCGUGAUCUGGACGGUUUCGGACGCGCUGGAGGCGCUGCCGAAGCAGAUCAGCGUCCACGAGGUCCCGAAGUUCACCGCCGAGGACAGCACGGUGCCUCCGUCGCCGUACGUCGUGGUGAAGCUGAAGACGCACGUGUCGCUCCCGAGCGGGCCGGAGUCGCGCUCGGAGGCGCACUUCAAGAAGGGCAUCGAGGGCGAACUCCAUUACGAGGUCAAGGACGAGAUUGCGCCGUGGUCGCGCGAGCCGUUCGACGCGCACUUCGAGUUCCCGUCCCCCGGCCUCGUCCGCGCGGGCCGCAUCGUCCGCGAGAUCUCCGUCUCGCACUGGGGCGAGGUGCAGACCAGCGAGUGGGUCGACCUCGUCAACGUCGGGCCCCCGCUCGUCGGGGAGUUCUCCCGGCUCGACCUCGGCGCGAACGCCGACCGCCCGGGCGCCGGCGCCGCCUCCGUCGGCGUCACGGCCGUCGUCCCGGGCACCGCAUACAACUUCUACUUCCGCGACGAGAUCGGCAACGUGUCGUCGUCGUCCGUGACGCCGUACGCGCAGGGCGACGGCUACGUCGCGGCCAUCCAGCUGCGGUACCGGUUCCCGCUCAUGGGCGGCUGGGCCACGCGCUUCAACUUUGGGUAUGCGCUGGACCUGGGGGAGGUCGUGAGCAAGCUGAGCACGGGGCCGCAGCGGUACGGGGUGUCGGUGCCGCUCGGGACGCCGAUCCGCGCGGUGGAGGUCGGGGAGAUGGAGACGCGCGUCGUGCUGCCGGAGGGCGCGGCGGUGGUGGAGGCGACGACGGUGCUGGCCACGGGGAUGCUCGGGGGGGUCUCCCAGGAGGCUGACGUCAAGUACACGUACCUCGACACGGUCGGGCGGCCCGUCGUCGUCCUGCGCGUGCGCGACCUGCACCCGGACCUCACUGCGGUGCCCAUCAACAUCACGUAUGACUUGCCGCCGGCGACGCUGCUCCGGGAGCCGCUGGUGCUGUCGGCGGCUGUGCUGGUGGUGGGCCUGCUGGCGAUCGGGAUCGGACGCACGUCGCUGUCGCUGGCGCCCAAGGGUGGCAAGGCGGACUGA